AUUUAACAAAAAAUGUCGUAUUCGUCACCAAGAAUACCACCUAUGAAUAUGGAAAGAAGAGCAAUACCAGCACCACCUCCACCUACAACAAUGCAAUCACCAUUAAAUAGACUAUCAACUAUACCAGUUCAGCCUUCCUUUCAACGAAUUGAUAUUGAAAUUCCUGAGCCUCCACAAACUGAAGCUGGUCGUUGGACAUUUCAUUCACAAAAAGAAUUUCCACCUCCACCUGCGUUCGAAAAGAAACUUAAACGAUACCCAACUGGAGCUGAAACUGGUUGCUCUGCUAGUAAGAAUACAGUCAUAAAUAAAAUACCAGAUAGAAAACAUGGUUCAGUUCAUUGGAACUUGGAAAGAGGGGUAGCUAUUACGAUGAUACCAUUAGUGACUAGUACUUUUAUGUUUGGCCCUUCUACAGUAUCUGAUGUAUUUCUCGGUAUUGUCUUGCCAUUUCAUAUCCACAUGGGCUUUGAUUCUUGUAUUACAGAUUACUUUAAUCCGAAAAGAGCAAGUCCUUUCAUGUAUAAAAUGAUGGCCAUGACUUUACAUAGUACAUCUACCUUGGUUAUGAUUAGCUGUGGCAUAUUUAAUUAUUAUGAUAUUGGUUUAACUGAAUUUAUUCAUAGAUUAUGGUUAGCUUAAUUUAAAUAAAUAAAUAAAUAAAUGGGGUCUACCCAUUUUUUUUU